UGAUCGCGGCGCGGCGGCGGCGGCGAUGGACUUUCUGCUGGGGAACCCCUUCAGCUCCCCCGUGGGGCAGCGCAUCGAGAGAGCUACCGAUGGGUCCCUGCGGAGUGAGGACUGGGCUCUCAACAUGGAGAUCUGUGACAUCAUUAACGAGACUGAAGAAGGUCCCAAAGAUGCCUUCCGAGCCAUUAAGAAGAGGAUUGUAGGGAAUAAGAACUUCCAUGAAGUUAUGCUGGCUUUGACGGUCCUGGAAACCUGCGUCAAGAACUGCGGCCACCGCUUCCACGUCCUUGUGUCCAGCCAGGACUUUGUAGAAGGUGUCCUGGUGAGAACAAUCCUGCCAAAGAACAAUCCACCUGCCAUAGUGCAUGACAAGGUGCUGACCCUCAUCCAGUCCUGGGCAGACGCCUUCCGCAGCUCUCCAGAUUUGACUGGUGUCGUUGCUGUCUAUGAAGACCUGAGACGAAAGGGUUUGGAGUUCCCCAUGACUGAUCUGGACAUGCUGUCACCCAUCCACACACCACAGAGGACUGUGUAUAGCUCCAACUCUCAGUCUGGACAGAAUUCACCUGCAGUCAACUCCUCUCAGCAGAUGGAGUCCAUCCUCCACCCUGUCACCCUGCCCCCCGGGAGAGGCACACCCAGCGAUGCGCCCAUCACACCCACACCAGAGCAGCUCGGGAAGCUGCGCAGUGAGCUGGAAGUGGUGAAUGGGAACACAAAGGUUAUGUCGGAGAUGUUGACAGAGCUGGUGCCAUCCCAGGCCGAGCCUUCUGACCUGGAGCUGCUGCAGGAGCUGAAUCGGACAUGCAGAGCCAUGCAACAGCGAGUCCUGGAGCUGAUUCCCCGUGUCCUCCAUGAGCAACUCACCGAGGAGCUGCUCCUCAUCAAUGACAACCUCAAUAACGUGUUUCUGCGCCAUGAAAGGUUCGAGCGACUUCGGACAGGACAGCCUGUUAAGGCACCAAAUGAGGCAGAGAACAGCUUGAUUGACCUGGGACCCGGUACUCCUUCAGCACUGAAACAGCCUGAAGUCACCAAUCUUUCCUCUCAGCUGGCUGGAAUGAACCUGGGCUCAAGCAGUGUAAGUGCAGGGCUGCACUCCCUCGACACUUCUGGCAAGCUGGAAGAAGACUUUGACAUGUUUGCCCUGACCCGUGGCAGCUCGCUGGCUGAGCAGCGCAGAGGGGUAAAGUAUGAAGACCCCCAAGCCACCAAAGGCCUUGCUGGUGCCCUGGAUGCCCGGCAGCAGAACACAGGAGCGGGGGAGUCUGGUACCUCUAGUGAUGGAGCCCAGCUGACAAAGUGGAUGAUGCGUCAAGGAAUGGUACCAGUUCCUCAAGGCAAUUUCAUGGAGGACAUAGAAAAGUGGCUCUCCACUGAUGUGGGAGAAUCGGAGGAUCCAAAAGGUGUCACCAGUGAAGAGUUUGACAAAUUUCUGGAAGAGCGAGCGAAAGUUGCAGACCGCCUCCCCACUUUGUCCAGCUCCUCAGCCGGGACGUCUGUCUCCCCUCCUGCUGCCAGCCAUCAUCAGAAGCAAGCAAAGGAAGAUGAUGCUAUGUUUGCCUUGUGAAUGCUAUGGACUGGUGUGCUGUGGAGCAAGAGGCUGUGUGUGCUGUUUUGCUUGCCUCCAGCCAGGGGCCAGGAGAGGAAGGACUCUGUCCCCUUCCUCCAUUCUCCUUCUGUUUAACCUUUGAGUUGUUUUUAUUUUUAAGCUGCUUUCAGACUUCAGACAAUCUUUGUUGUGUUUAGGGAUAUCAUACAAUAGACUUAUGAAGGGGAGUUUCAAAGCUGCUAGAGAAUGUGGGAGUUCAGCGGGCUUUUCUUUUUAUGGUACAGUGUGGGCAAAGCAGAAGAAGCUUUUGAAGAAGCUCCCCCAUUCUACUCUCCAGUGAGGUAGUUAGAGAUCUUGCCCAAGAAGCAGGAGAGGCUGCAGUCUGCUGCUGAAAUCAUUCCUGCCUGCCUCUUUCCUCACCCCUCCCCUAGAAUGUAUCUCCAGCCCUCUGCCUGCCAGUGUUAGACUGGAAAGCACAGGGAUGUGAAGCAUUACUGGUGGCUGAGGAGGAACACUAAUGGUAGAGGGAUCCUGUUGCCCUAAUCUCUCUUGCACAAGUGCUUGUGGUAUGCAACACCUUCCCACUCACAACUGCUUCUCUUCCUCGCCUCUCUUUCCCCACCAGUUUAUCCAGAAUCCUACCCACAGCCCAGAUGUUUCCAUUGCAUGACAGCCAGUCGUCCAAACCCUUAGCAGCACACAGGACUGCAAGCGGUACCUCAGGCUGAAGGGGCUGUCCCAUGGGGUAGGAUGUGCCUUUAGCAAACUAUUUGUAGUUAAUUUAAUUCUCCAUUAUAAUACUUUUCUCCCAAGGUGAUCCUACCUCCUCUCUCACUUCCACUAAUGCCUUCCACCACAUCGUGCCUGUGGGUGGGGAGUGGUGUGGGGAGUCCCUCUGAGCCAGGCCAAUGCCACAGACUCCCUCAGGGUGGCUGUGUGUGCUGGGGUCACAGAGCUGCGUCCCCCUAAAGCAGGAGGCCCUUCCUUCAGCACUGUUACACCACUGGAAACGUGCUGUUGCUGCAGAAGCUUGUUCAGCUGGUGAGCACAGAGAGGAAACAAAACAUCAGUCAUCUCAUGCCAGUAAAGCAGCCUUGUGGCUGCCAGAAGCUCCUCUGCACAUAGGGGGAAAAACCCUUUAGAGCAAACUGCACACGCUGCCCACUUGUAAACGAAAGCCAGGGAGGAGGGUGCCAAGCUCAGGGCUCCUGCUCGUGGGAUUUCUUGUUGAGCAUGGGAGAGUUGUCUUUUUUUACUGCACAUUAAAGGAGCAAAGACUUGAGCCUCCCUUGAAGAUAUGGCGUGUGCUGUCAGUGCUGGUGUGGGGAGGGAAGGAUGCUGUGAAGAGAAGAGGAAUGAAACCACACAGCCAUAUUUGCUCUCCAUGAAAAUGCAAGGGCACUGGUGCUGAGAGAAGAAGAGCAUGGGGGCUGAGGAUGCUGGGAGCCAAGGCAGGUGCCCCCUGUUUUUUACUACAGUCUUGUGGGGAGGUGACUACAGGCUAUCUCAAAAUAGGAAGCGGGUGAGCUGCUUCCUCUUCUUUCCCUUCUCUGCUUUGUGACCAGAUCUGAAUACCCACCUUGCAGCCUAUAAGCCACUUAAAAAACAUGCAAGAAAUACAGUUGCUACUAAAGGGCCCUCUAGUAUCCACAGGACAUCCUCAGUUAUCCUUAUACCAUUUCUCCAGUGUCUAGCUGAGUGGGAGCUGUGGGAAGGAUUCUUAAAAUAAGGUUGAGUGGAUUUGAAAAUGUCAUCUGAAGAAGGGCAAAAGGGCCAAGUGGCUGAGCUUCCCCUGCUGGAGCACGUGCAGGAGAGGAAGCAAGAGCAGGGUCAUGAUGGAACACAGGCUCGUUUGUAACUGUGGUGCCAGAAAGGCCUCCAGAACAAGCAAGGCUAAGCCCUCUGGCCAGUGCCUGGCCCCAGGCUGCCUGGCUCACCUGGGAAUGAAGGGCUUCUGGUGCCCUGUCAGCGUUUAUGAAGGGUACCAGCCUGUUCACUCUGGUGAUGCUUUAACACUGGCUCAUGCCUCAGCUGGCACUUAAAGUUCUCAGUGCCUCCAGCUCCCUCGGAGCACUGCCUGCAAAUUCCCUGAAAGGAGAAACUAAGACAUCCCUGAAUUAAUAUCCUGGGUAGAGGGAGUACAACUCCUCCUUACUGCCUCUGGGAUACCUUGGGUCCACCUCAGGAUAAAGACCCCAUCUUCACCCUCACCUUGUUUUUAAGUCCCUGAACAGCUGGCACGGGACCUGGCAAAAGCCAAGAGGGAACUGUCCCCGAGGAAGACUUGAGUGCAGCAGAAAUGGGUUGCCUCUAUUUUCGUCAAGGCACAAACAGAUGGAAAACAUUUUUGGUGCCUGCCAAGUGAGGUCGGUUUGAAUCGAUGGCCAACAGGUGAAAAUUCAGAGAGCUGCUUGUGGUCCCCAGCAUGAGCCUGUCCCCUCCUGACCAUACAGCCAGGCAUGGUCACAGUGCUUUUCACUGAGAUUUAUCCAACAGUGACAAGGUAUCUCUUUUUCAAGUAACUGAAAAUAUGAAGAAUGGGGAUGAAAAAGAUUUGAAAUAUUCCAAAUCAGUACUGUCGUACUUGUUAUAGACUAUACCAGUAAUAACUUGAAUAAUUUUGCAAGGUUUCUUUUGAGAAGGAACUUGGUGGGAAAAGACCUGCUAGUUCUGCAAGGGAUCAUUUUAAGUAGACGCUGGGCAUUUCGCAUUGGCAAAAACUGCUUCAUGAUUGCAAAAAAAAAAAAAACAAAAAACAAAAAAAACC